AAAUCCGGCGGUAGAAAAGAUCGGCCGGCAUCAAGCCUUAGCGCCAUGGCAGCUGCAAAGCUAGUACUCAAAUCGUUCGCCGGAGGCCCAAUCCUCUCCACCCCAUCGGCUCCCAAUACUCCCACCCCCACCACCUCCUCCUCCUUCUCCUCCUCCUCUUUCUUCCCCAUAUCGAAAGCUAUCUCCUCCCCUCCUCCGCUGCGCUCUUCGGCCAGCCGACUCCCACACAACUACAAUCCACUGCCGAAGGAGCCGGCUGCCGAAGAUCCACGACAGCAACAGCACAAGACCAUCCUCGUCGAGACCUUCCAUCGAAACAACUGCCUCAAAGCCCUUCUCGGCGCGCUCUCCAGAAAGGGCUCGAACCCUGUUCGUCUCCUCGGAAGAGAUGGAGAUUGGACCCACGACCAGCUCUGGGCCGCCGUUACUUUCCUCGUGGAAGCCGGCCGAGCCCAAGAGGCCCUCCAGGUGUUUGAUUUCUGGAAGAGCAAAGAAAUGACUCGAAUCAAUGAUGCUAAUUACUCAAGAAUCAUUCAGUUGUUGUGUGAAGGGUGCUUAAUGGAAGAAGCAGUGUCUACCUUACAAGAUAUGGAAAAGUAUGGUCUUGUCCCUUCUUUGGCAAUCUACAAUGCCAUAAUUCAUGGAUUUGCUAGAGAUAAGGAUUUUGAUAACUCAAGUACUGCUUUCAAGAAGAUGUUGGAGGCUGGUCUGUUGCCUACACCUGAAACAUACAACGGACUGAUUCAAGCAUAUGGAAGUUAUGGAUUGUAUGAUGAGAUGAGUAAGUGUGUGAAGAGAAUGGAAUCAGAUGGGUGUUUUCCUAAUAAAGUUACUUAUAACAUAUUGAUCACCGAGCUUGCCCGAGGUGGACUUAUUGAAAGAAUGGAAAGAAUAUACAAGACUCUCCGUUCUAAGCGAAUGAAUUUGCAAUCCUCCACUUUAAUCGCAAUGCUUGAGGCUUAUGCAGACCUGGGGAUCUUGGAGAAGAUUGAAAAGGUUUACCGCAGAGUUAUGAAUUCGAAAGCCUAUAUGAAGGAGUGCCUGAUAAGGAAAUUGGCCACCGUUUAUAUCAAGAACUAUAGAUUUUCAUAUCUAGAGGAGUUGGGAAAUGAUAUCAGUGCUAGAAGUGGUAGAACUGACCUUGUCUGGUGUAUCCUCCUCCUUUGUAGUGCUUGUCUUUUGAGCCGAAGGGGUAUGGAGUCUAUUAUUCAGGAAAUGAAAGUAGCAAAAGUAAGGUUCAAUACAACAUUCACAAACAUUCUUGCAAUGUUUUAUUUGAAGAUGAAAGACUUUAGGAGUUUGGAUGCCGUGUUCUCCCAAGCUGGAAAACAGAAUGUAAAACCUGAUAUUUUCACUGUUGGAGUACUCUUUGAUGCAUGCAAGAUUGGGUAUAAUGGAACCCAUGUUAUUGAAGAAUGGAUAAAAAAUGGCUCUUUAGAAGAAGUGGUGGAAAUUAAAACGGAUAAUUUAGUCUUGAUUGCCUUUGGAAGAGGAUCUUUUAUUAAGCAUUGUGAGAAGCUAUACUCUUCUCUUGAAUCUGAAGCAGAACAGAAGAAAGUUUGGAGAUACAGUGAUCUGAUCAGUUUAGUUUUUGGAAAAAGCCAGAAAGAGUUGGCUAGUGCAAGUUGAACAAGAAUGAAUUAGGUAGAUGGUUUUUCUUAACUCGCUCCUUUGCAUAUAGUUGAGGGGGUUCUUUUCUCUGAUGGACAAAAUGAUGGAAUGGAGCCAAGUUGAAGCUGGUCAAUCGUGUGCACAAAAGCUAAUGAUUUCUGAGAUAAACCAAAUUAUUCUAAAAUACUGGCAGCUUUGUAUUGCUUUCACAAAAUUGAUUCUGCAACUUUUGGCUGAAAUGCUUGGGGUUUGCUUCUUAACCUGCCUUUAACUCUUCAGAUCCCCGCUACAAUCAUGCAAGGAUGUAACUUAUUUGCUCCAGCUGUCCUUAGAAUUGCCUAUACUUGGAAGGUCUGAAGAAUCAUGCUGUCUUCUGUAUACUAUGCAAUGUGCCAGUGAGGAGGUGAAUGAUUGCAGGCAAAAAUUCAGUGAUAGAAACAAAUCAUAAAUUUCGCAAAGAUUAUCAUGGGCUCUUGUGUUGGAACAUGUGGACUGAAAUGAAAUAAAGCUAUUUCUAGAUGAAUCUCUGCAUGAGAGCUGCAUGCUGCAGAAAAUCAUAUAUAUAUAUACACAUACACACAGUCCUUUCUUGUGAGGACAGUCCUGCUGCUUUCAAAGAUUCUAGGCUAUUGUGACAUAAUUCUCAAUCAAAAGAAAUUAAUAUAACUCAGACAACUGAUGUGAACUAAAAUUCUGAUAAAACUAUUUCAGGCCCUUGCUAUUGAUUUGGAGGGUAAUCUGAGACCAUCAGGAUAUAAAGUAAGUCUACAACAUGAGAUUCAUUAGCAACAGUAUAAGCAUAUCAGUCAGCAAGUAAAUUCAGUAAGACAAUGGAAAUUACACUGAAAAUGACUAGUCCAGCUGCUAGGGCACUUGAAAUGUUGAGACCACUUGGGAAUCCAGAGCUAUUAUUUCUCACUGUUAAUUCAUCAAAAGAACCAAUAUAUAUUGUGGAGGUGAUCGAGUUGCAGAGCUUACUAUUCGAAGUUUUUGAAUCUUUAAAAUAGCUGUUCGUCCUCCGUGCUUCUAUGACAUUGUGAUUACUGACAAGGCAAAUUUCUUGUUCUUUAGCUUGCAUGGCCUCAUGGUAUAUCAUCUUUGAAUCAAAGUACAUGCUAUAUUAUUUCAAAGAAAAAAGAAAGCUGGAUGUUUCAGACUUCUCACGAAUAUAUUAAUAUGCACAUUACAUUUCUUUGGU